GUUCUUUUAAAAAGCCUUUCUUAGCUUUCGUUUUUUUCCCUAAAUAUGGUAGAACAUACCUCAAGCAUACUCAUGGCCAACUGACCUUAUUUGAGGGGACACACCAUCUACCCUUCCUCUAUAAAAUUUUGUUUAUAUUCAUAUUGCUUGGCCCCUCCGUUUCAACCUCCACUUGUCUAUAGUCAAAAUUAAAUCAUCCACGAAUCCUCUUUUUUUUUCUCUCCUUUAAACUGAUAAAACUACGUAACCCUAUUUCUUUUACAGUAUAAUUAAGGGGCAAGAAGUUUGAAGAUGGGGACGAAGUUGUUAGCUUUGGCAUGCAUAAGGAAGGAGAGUUAUGGGGAUUUGUCACCAAGGCCUCAUUAUCCAUCGAUGCCCAAAUACCCGAAAGGGAUUACGGCACAAGAAACGAGCUUGCAGGGAUCAGAGGCGAAAGCCAUGUUUUCAGUGAUGGGGAUGACAUGUUCAGCCUGCGCUGGCUCCGUCGAGAAGGCUGUUAAGAGGCUUCCGGGAAUUAAGGAAGCUGUUGUUGAUGUUUUGAACAACAAGGCGCAAGUCAUGUUCUACCCAAGUUUUGUUAACGAAGAGAGCAUUCUUGAGGCCAUUGAAGAUGCUGGAUUUCAAGCUGCAUUGAUUCAAGACGAGACCGACGAUAAAUCCGUUCAAGUCUGCCGGAUUCGGAUCAACGGAAUGACAUGCACUUCUUGUUCCACCACUCUUGAAAAUGCUUUGCAGCCAGUUCCCGGUGUGCAAAAGGUCCAAGUGGCUUUAGCAACCGAAGAAGCACAGAUUCAUCAUGAUCCCAAAAUCAUAACCUACAAUCAACUCAUGCAGAAAAUAGAAGAGACCGGAUUCGGAGCCGUACUUGUUAGUACUGGAGAAGACAUGAGCAAGAUCAAUCUCCGUAUCGACGGUGUAAGGACGGUUAACUCGAUGAGAAUGCUUGAAAAUUCCCUUCAAGCACUCCCUGGUGUUCAAGCUGUACAAACAUCCCCUGAACUCAAAAAAAUUGCAGUCUCAUACAAACCAGAUAUGACAGGACCAAGAAACUUCAUCAAAGUAAUAGAUUCAACAGGUAGUAGUAGGCGUUUUAAGGCAACGAUAUAUCCCGAAGGCGAAGGUGCUGGAAGGGAAUCUCAUAGAAAGGAAGAAAUUAAGCAGUACUUCAGAUCCUUCCUAUGGAGCUUGAUUUUCACUACUCCUGUAUUUUUAACCUCCAUGGUUUUCAUGUAUAUCCCUGGAAUCAAACAUGGAUUGGACACCAAAGUAGUGAAUAUGUUAACUAUAGGUGAAGUCAUAAGAUGGGUACUAUCAACUCCGGUUCAGUUCAUAAUAGGGAGACGCUUUUACACCGGUUCUUAUAAAGCAUUACGCCAUGGGUCUGCAAAUAUGGAUGUUUUAAUCGCAUUGGGGACUAAUGCAGCUUACUUUUAUUCUGUAUACACUGUGAUAAGAGCUGCUUCUUCUCCAGAUUUUGAAGGUACUGAUUUUUUUGAAACAAGUGCAAUGCUUAUCUCAUUCAUUUUACUUGGUAAGUAUCUUGAGGUUCUAGCUAAAGGAAAAACAUCAGAAGCCAUUGCUAAGCUUAUGAACCUUGCACCUGAGACAGCAAUAUUGUUGAGUUUAGAUGAAGAAGGGAAUGUGAUAAGUGAAGAAGAAAUCGAUAGUCGAUUGAUACAAAAGAAUGAUAUUAUCAAAAUCAUACCUGGUGCAAAAGUAGCUUCAGAUGGUUUUGUUUUGUGGGGACAAAGUCAUAUAAACGAAAGCAUGAUAACCGGAGAAGCACGACCGGUGGCAAAAAGGAAAGGCGAUACGGUUAUCGGAGGUACGGUUAAUGAGAAUGGAGUAUUGCAUAUUAAAGCAACAAAGGUUGGUUCAGAAAGUGCACUUGCACAGAUUGUUCGUCUUGUUGAAUCUGCUCAAAUGGCCAAAGCUCCUGUACAGAAGUUUGCUGAUCGUAUUUCCAAAUAUUUCGUGCCUCUGGUGAUCAUGCUUUCGUUUUCAACGUGGCUUGCAUGGUUUUUAGCUGGAAAGCUCCAUGGUUACCCUGAAUCAUGGAUACCAUCUUCAAUGGAUAGUUUCGAGCUGGCACUUCAGUUUGGAAUCUCAGUGAUGGUCAUAGCUUGUCCAUGUGCCUUGGGGCUUGCAACCCCUACUGCUGUUAUGGUCGGUACCGGUGUCGGUGCAUCUCUAGGUGUAUUAAUCAAAGGUGGUCAAGCAUUGGAAGGUGCACAUAAGGUAAAUUGCAUUGUAUUCGACAAGACAGGAACUCUCACGGUCGGAAAGCCGGUCGUUGUUAACACAAGACUGUUGAAAAACAUGGUGUUACAUGAAUUCUACGAGCUUGUUGCCGCAACUGAGGUAAACAGUGAGCAUCCCUUAGCCAAAGCCAUUAUCGAGUACGCCAAGAAGUUCAGAGAAGAUGAAGAGAACCCUGCAUGGCCAGAAGCACGUGACUUCGUCUCUAUAACAGGACAUGGAGUGAAAGCCAUUGUUAGGAACAAGGAAGUAAUUGUGGGAAACAAGAGCUUAAUGUUGGAAAACAACAUUGUUAUUCCAGUUGAUGCUCAAGACAUGUUAACCGAAACCGAAUUGAUGGCUCAAACCGGCAUUUUAGUAUCGAUAGACGGUGAAGUAACGGGAGUUCUCGCCAUAUCCGAUCCAGUGAAACCAGGUGCACAAGAAGUUAUUUCAAUUCUCAAGUCAAUGAAUGUAAGAAGCAUCAUGGUGACUGGUGAUAAUUGGGGAACUGCAAGUUCCAUUGCUAGUCAAAUUGGCAUUGAAACUGUUGUUGCAGAAGCUAAACCUGAACAAAAAGCAGAGAAAGUAAAAGAGCUACAAGCGGAAGGCUAUGCUGUGGCAAUGGUAGGGGAUGGCAUCAAUGAUUCGCCGGCACUUGUAGCCGCCGAUGUCGGUAUGGCAAUCGGUGCAGGAACAGAUAUUGCAAUAGAGGCAGCUGAUAUAGUUCUGAUGAAGAGUAACUUAGAGGAUGUGAUCACAGCCAUACACCUUUCCAAGAAAACAUUUUCUCGUAUUCGCCUUAACUAUAUUUGGGCAUUGGGGUAUAAUAUACUUGGGAUUCCAAUAGCUGCAGGGGCUCUAUUUCCAUCAACUGGAUUUCGUUUACCUCCAUGGAUUGCUGGAGCUGCCAUGGCUGCUUCCUCUGUUAGUGUUGUUUGCUGCUCACUCUUGUUGAAGAAUUACGAGAGACCCAAGAAGCUGGAAAACCUUGAGAUUGGUGGAAUACAAAUUGAGUAAUAGAUGAUGGGAGUUCUAUAUAUCCACAUAUAUAUCUAUGCAGGUUUGUUAUAUAUGUAUAUGUAUAAGUUAGGGAUGUGAAAUUUGGCAAACUAAAUAAUAAAAGUAUCAUGAAAAGACUGGUUUCGCUAGGCUGCCAAGUUAUGUACAUAUGUUUGAUGUUAUGACUUUCAGGAUAUAAUUGUAAUUUCAGAGUUAGGCGAGCUUUGCAUGAGGAUGAAA